CUUGACUUCAUUUUCUUUGGUUAAAAGAAGUUUCACUUGUCUUUUUGUUCUGCAGGGCUGAUGGGAGGAUUCAGUGAAAUGGGAAACAAAGAAACAUUUUAAGGCCAUUAUAUAUCACAUUCGCCCCUUUUGAUUUUUGACAGUGAAAGUAGCCCUCAUUAUUAUUUUGAGAUCUCGUCAGAGUCUUUUUCCCGGUCACUGCUUUCUCGGCCAGCAUCUUUAUGCUGACACCUCAUGGGUGUUUCUCGUGUUUUCUUCUCGGCACCUCCUGGCCGUUGGCCUCAUUGAUGAAUGUAACAGAGAACCAUAGGAUCCUAGUUGACUAAACACUUUGAGGUCAUGAGCUUCUGUGAUUUUCACAUCCAUGGAAAUUGGUGUUAGAUUUUUAAAAAUACUUGUUCUGAAAGGUACAGUAUUUGUGUUUAGCAUGUAAAGUACAUCUAGGAGUACAGUUUAUUACCAGCAGGCUGCACGCUACACAGAGUUGCAGACAUCAGGGCUGGUGAAGUCUGUAAUGAAGGCUGAUGGUUUUGUUUUCCUUAGCAAUAAGCAGUUCUUCUGAGGACACUAGUGAAGAAACAGAUGAGGAAAUAAGCGACGAAAGUGAUACCGAAGAAAAGAGCGACGUGAAAGAAGAACCAGAGCUGCACGCAAAAAGGGAAAUGGAAGAGAGGACAAUAAGUAUAGAAAUCCCUGAAGUUCUGAAGAAGAAGCUGGAGGACGAUUGCUACUAUAUUAACAGGAGGAAGCGGUUAGUGAAACUUCCAUGCCAGACCAACAUCAUAACUAUUUUGGAGUCCUACGUGAAGCAUUUUGCUAUCAAUGCAGCCUUUUCAGCCAAUGAAAGACCUCGUCACCAUCACGUUAUACCACACACCAACAUGAAUGUGCAUUACAUCCCAGCAGAAAAGAAUGUGGACCUUUGUAAAGAGAUGGUUGAUGGAUUAAGAAUAACCUUUGAUUACACUCUCCCAUUGGUUCUGCUCUAUCCAUAUGAACAAGCUCAGUAUAAAAAGGUGACUUCAUCCAAAUUUUUCCUUCCGAUUAAGGAAAGUACCACAAGCACCAACAGGAGCCAGGAGGAGCUCUCUCCAAGCCCGCCUCUGUUGAACCCCUCCACUCCGCAGUCCACCGAGAGCCAGCCUACCACAGGGGACGCGGCCACACCCAAGAGGCGCAAAGCCGAGCCAGAAGCCUUGCAGUCUCUGAGGCGCUCCACGAGACACAGCUCCAACUGUGACAGGCUAUCUGAGAGCAGUGCGUCGCCUCAGCCGAAGCGUCGGCCGCAGGACACGUCCGCCACCAUGCCCAAGCUGUUCCUGCACCUGGAAAAGAAAACGCCUGUGCAUAGCGGAUCAUCUUCCCCUAUUCCUCUGACUCCUAGCAAGGAAGCGAGUGCUGCAUUUGCUGGCUUUGAAGGGAGACGAAAUAACGAAAUAAACGAGGUCCUCUCCUGGAAACUCGUCCCCGACAACUUCCCCCCAGGUGACCAGCCGCCUCCGCCCUCUUAUAUUUACGGGUCACAGCAUCUGCUGCGGUUGUUCGUAAAACUUCCAGAAAUCCUGGGAAAGAUGUCUUUUUCUGAGAAGAAUUUGAAGGCUUUACUGAAGCACUUUGAUCUCUUUCUGAGGUUUUUAGCAGAAUACCAUGAUGACUUCUUCCCGGAGUCGGCUUAUGUCGCCGCCUGUGAGGCGCACUACAGCACUAAGAACCCCCGGGCCAUGUAUUAAAGGUUUCCAGGGCCCGGCAGAACAGGUGAAGAAGGAGACAGCACCACCCGCCUUGGGCCUGUGGCAGAGACGGGCUCUGUGAUUUGAGUUGCCCACAUACUGUAGUUGUUUCUGUUAAGAAUGACUGCCUCGGUGCCGGACUGACCUCUGACAUCGGAUGCUUGCAACUGCGUGUGUCACCUGUGACAGCGGACAGAGCAAUUGUGUCAGCGGAGCAGCGUCACAAAGUCUGCGGCAUCUAGGCUGGUUCAGGGAAAAGUUAGGCGCUGCAGCUAUUUGUUAGCAGUAAACAGAUUUUUUUAGUUAUUUGUUCACAUUAAACAAAAUUGUUUUGCAAACUUUCAUUUUGGUGAUGAGACUGAACAUCUCUGUCCAACAAACUUUAGUUUACACGUGGAAGCUGCCGGUAAGCCACAGAGUACCUUAGCCGGAAUUGAUCUCGAUGCCUGUUACGGUUUCCUUUCUGUACCAGUGUUGGUGAGCUAAAUAAAGGCUUUCCCAUCUUGUUCGAGAGAAAUAUUGUACCCAGGAGACUUCGCAAUGACCUUGUCUUUCUUUAUUGUUUCUUUUUGUUUUACCUUUGUGCCUUUUUGUCAAGAUCUUUGUUUUCUUUCCCUUCUUUGAUUUCUGUCUCUCUCGGGGGCAUUCCUAGGAGUUAGGGGGCCCACUGUGCCCUACUGGUUUGUAAUCUUGUUGCCACACUGUGGGCUGGUCUGGGGCCAAGGCCACUUUAUCCUCCUCCAUCAUCGUCAGCUGACUGUCUCUGAAGUGACCCUUCUAAUCCUCAUCAUCCUCCCUCCUCUGCCACCUCCUUCCUUUGUGGAAUGUUCCAACAUUUCAAAUUGAGAGUGGCUAAUCUGGUGAGCCUGCAGUGUGCUUUGAAUUGUUGAGAAAGUUUAGUCAGUAAUUACUCAUGGACUGGAAAAAAAAUAGAAAAAUGUCUUCCUUUUGAAGAAUCUGCUUGUUCAGUGUCCCCAGUGAAAGGAGUAUAGACUGUCUCUUUUGAACAUUUAUACUGUUAUAGACCUUGGGGUUAAAAUUAAUUCAUUUUCUAAUAAUAAAGUAUUUUCUUCCCCCAAAGACAUUUCUUAA